UUACAACCCUUGUGUAAAGGGCAAACAGAGGAGAGAAGACACAGACUGAAGGCAGUAUGAGGAAGUGACUCUAAUCAUCACAGGAAGUAGAUGCUGUGUUCAUUUUAAGAAGCAGCAGGUUAGAGACUUUGACAGUUGAGAGCGUGAGACCAAGAGAGAAACAUGAUGGCUGAAUUCAGAUGGAUUAUAAUGUCUUUAUUUCUCAUGCUGCUGUUUAAGUUUACAGCAGCAGCAACUGAGAAAUAUUCCUUAGUUGGAGAUGAAGUCACUUUGCCUUGUGAAAAUGUGACACAUGAUCAGGAUAACUGUGACAGUACUACAUGGGUAUUUAGUGAUGGAGGAAACACAGAGAAGCUGUUUGAACACGGGAAGAUUGACAGAGAAGCUGAAGCUAAAUCAGACAGACUGAGUGUUACAGCAAACUGUUCUCUGGUUAUAAAGAAGGUCACACUUCAGGAUGUUGGACGUUACAGCUGCAGACAGUUCAGAUCAGGACGACAAGUUUCAGACUCUCAGGUUCAUCUGUCUGUUGUUGAAAUGACUGACCGCCAGGACAAUGAUCGGGUCAUCUUCUUCUGCUCUGUGUGGAUAUAUGGAUACAUAUGUACACACAAAGUGAAGUGGUUGUAUGAGGGUGAUCAGAAUGACUUGGAGACAUCACAGAGUACAUGUGUAGCCUCUGUGACAUUUACAACAUCUGACUAUAAUCAGAAGUUGAAGUAUUCUGAGUUCUUGAAAUGUGAAGUGACAGAUGGUCACACUGAAGAAGUUCAUUAUUUCACCUUCAGCCCUCCUCAGUCCUCAGGUGAGAAACCAGGUCAUGACGCAACCACAGCAGCUACAACAUCAACAACUGAAUCACCGUUGACAACAGGAAAUAGAUGGACAUCAGUGACAAUGAGCACAUCAGAAGUGACAAACAGCAGAGCAUCUAAAAGCAAUCAGACAAAACAAGAUUGGUGGAAGUUCAUCGUUGCAGCUGUGGGUUUAGCAGCACUUAUAAUAAUCACUGUGGCUGUCAUCAGAUGCAAGAGAACUAAAGGGAACAAAACGCAGAUGGAUGAAAUCAUGGCUGAUCCUGAAGCUGAUGUUUCCCUCUGCCUCCAUCAGCUACACCAAGAACACAGGCCGUAAAGCCAAGGUCCGUGUUGAUGAUGAUGGUGAUGAUGAUGGUGAUGAUGGUGAUGCAGUGACCUUCAGCACCGUGACAGCUCCCUCCUCUUCUUCUGCUGGAGCCUCUGCUGAUCCCAGAAACCUCUACGCUACCAUCAACAAACCAACCAAAUAAGAUGUUACUUAUUAAAUGCAACAUGUUUUAUAACAACUGCAGGAUUGUUUGGAUCAUAGAUUCAGAAUUUUAAGUGAGCAGCAUUAUAAUAAGCAUGAUCUCACUUGGUCAUGUCACGCAUUUGCUUGGCUUAACUGUAGCAAAGUGAGAACACAGCAGCAGCAGCAGCAGCAGCUCUAUGACACAUUGAGGGAGUUGAGGCUCCCUCUAGAGGUGGAGAGUGUAUAAAAAGGAAGCAGACAUAUUGGAUAUAUAUACUGUAUUCUUAGUGCUGUGUCCCUGCAUGGGCACAAUGCAGGUUUUGUAACACUGAAUCUUGUUUGUUUUGUGAAACCAUUUCAUUGAAUAUUGCUUUUUGCUGAGUGAAUUUGAUUAGCCAUGUUAUGCUUUAAUGAAUAAAUGAUUAGUGUAUGGUUAUCACCUUGUGAGUGGAAUCCGU